AAAUUGCUCAUUCAGUCGCAAUCUAUCCGUGGUGAAAUAGACUCAUAUAUUACUAGCAGCGAAGAGACUUGCAAAAUGAUUUUAAUGUUAUCAGUAUCUGCUUUACUGGUAUGUUCUAGUGCUUUACCAAGAGGCAUUGGACCAGAAACGUUGGUCGACACUAUAACGGCUGGCACGGCUGCAAUCAGGGAAAAUAGCGCAGAUACUCAGAACGUUGUAGUUGUACCACCAAACUGCCCCGUUGGCCAAACACUGGUUAAUGGAGUUUGCCGUGAAAUCUGGAGAAUGAAAAUCGAUGGCGCUGACACACAGAAUGUUGUUAUUGUACCACCAAACUGCCCCCCUGGCCAAACACUAGUCAACGGAGUCUGUCGUGAUAUUUGGAAAACACCAAUCGUGAAACUAGAAUGUCCAAUAGGAUAUACGCUUGUUGGCGGAGAAUGUAUUGACUGGUUCAGAAACGUAGUAACUGUCCCCAACAAUUGUCCGGAAGGCCAAGUUUGGGUUAAUGGGGCAUGUCGUGAAGUAUGGCCAACUCAAGUAUUUCCAACAGUAGCAUUUGAAUGUCCAUUUGGCUAUAAACUUAUCGCUGGUCAAUGCAUCGACUGGUUGAGGAACGUCGUAACUGUUCCUAGCAAUUGCCCCGAGGCCCAAGUGUGGCUGAAUGGAGCAUGUCGAGACGUUUGGAGAGCACUUCAUUUGGAUGUGAAAGGAAAAACUAUUGUGGAACCCGUAGAUCAUAAGAACACCGUCAUAGUACCUGAAAACUGCAAGCCAAACCAACAGUUUAUAAAUGGACAAUGUCGAGACAUAUGGCGCAAUUAAGUACCUACCUACAUUAACAACAACUUUUAAAAUUAAAUUUUGCUUGCCCGUAA